UUCUGCAACCUUCACUACAGUUAAAUAUAUAUAUACAUAUAUAGACUAUACUGCAUGUGCGUGUGUAUGUGUGUCCACUUUGCAAAGAGUAAAUCAUAUGGUCAUUACAGGGUAAAAUGAUUCACAUUGGAACAUAAAUGAAAUUCACACCGUUUAAAUUCUUCUAUAUCCACCUCAAAACGACAGAUUUUUACGUUUUUCCCACGUGGCAUCUAAUCAGAACCAAGGACAGCGCCAGAUUGCGCCUGAGAGCUGCGUCAGGACGUCUUUUCACGGUUGGAGAGCUGGAGACGCACAAAGAACAUCUCAGAGCAACACAACAACCUGAGGAGCUGUGUCACCUAUCAAGGAUGCACAGCAACAUAUCUGUUUUUUUGUGUUAAUUUCAAAAACCUAGACUGCUUUUCAAUGUAUGCUGUUAUUUAAAUAGCACAGAAGCUGGUGCAAGAACCUAAAAUCCGUUUUUCAUCAUUUUUUUCCCCCAACAAAUGAAGCAUUUGGAUCUACAAAUGACUUUAGUGGACAUCCUCGAGGUCCUGGAUUAAAAGUUAAAAUGUCUGGAGAAUUAACCGACACUAACUGCGAACGAUCAGCAGGGACAGUUUAUGCUGCAUCCGUCAACUUCAGCUGCAUUUUCAGCACUACCAACCGCUCAUACGGCGAUGACUUCCACCUGUCAGACUUUGACAAAACUGAUGUUGUGGGAGAUGGCGCCGCUGUUGUGAGGAUUGUCAUCUCUGUCAUUUACUCUCUGGUUUGUGCGCUGGGUCUGGUUGGGAACUUACUGGUCCUGUACCUCAUGAAGUCUAAACAAGUAUGGAAAAAAUCCUCCAUCAAUCUUUUCGUAACUAGUUUGGCAGUGACUGACUUCCAGUUCGUCCUGACUCUGCCGUUCUGGGCGGUGGAAAACGCGCUGGACUUCACUUGGCUUUUCGGCAAAGCCAUGUGCAAGAUAGUCUCCUAUGUGACCGCUAUGAACAUGUACGCCAGUGUGUUUUUCCUGACUGCUAUGAGCGUGGCGAGGUACUGGUCGCUCGCCUCUGCCCUGAAGGGCAGGCGGCGGCGGCCACCGUGCUGCUCCGCGCGGUGCAUCACCGUCUUCAUCUGGUUCGCCGCUGUCUCCGCCGCGCUGCCGCACGCAGUUUUCUCCACAACCGUCACAGUUUCCAACGAGGACCUGUGCCUCGUCAAAUUCCCGGAAACCAACGGGACCGCGCAGUUUUGGCUGGGGCUCUAUCACUCUCAGAAAGUGCUGCUGGGUUUUGUGGUGCCACUGGGAAUAAUCUCAGCGUGCUAUCUGCUCCUGUUGCGCGUCAUCGCCUCCAAAAACACCAACACAUCGAGCGCCAAAAGACGCGCCAAAGUUACCAAGUCUGUCACCAUCGUGGUCUUAUCCUUUUUCCUCUGCUGGCUGCCCAACCAGGCGCUUACAGCCUGGGGAAUCCUCAUCAAACUCAACGUGGUUCAUUUCACUUAUGAGUACUACACCACGCAGGUGUAUGUCUUCCCCGUGUCCGUGUGCCUGGCGCACUCCAACAGCUGCCUGAACCCCAUCCUGUACUGCCUGAUGAGGCGGGAGUUCAGGAAAGCGCUGAAAAAACUCUUCUGGCGGAUGACUUCGCCGACUCUGACCGCCAUAAGGCCGAUCACAGCCAGCACAAAACCAGAGAUGGACGAGCAAGGGCGCGUCCUGGUCCCCGUCAGCGCCCCCGAGUUGCCCGCUGUGGUGUUUUAUCCUCCGGGGGCUGUUAUGUAGAAAGACGUAACCUGCCUCAAAACAGCACUUUAUAGCUUAAAGUGCCACGGAGAAGGUUUCAAAUCCUCUUUGUCUACAUUAAUUGCACUAUUUCUAUUUAAUUCAGGUCGUGUAUUAUCAUGAAAGCUGUAUCUCAAAUUGGAUCUGCAUUUAAAGGCGAGAAAAUAAGAAAUUGCCAAAUACUGUGCCACCUCUACAUGCCAGUUUAUCACACUGAUACCUGUCAGUGAUCAGUAAUGACUUAUGCUUGUCCGCAGAAAUGUUACUCUGGCCACUUCACAUGUGUCUGUGAUUUUGUAAUUUGCUGCUCUUUGUGACGAACGAGGCAGAGACGUUUAUGUUGUGUGUUAAGGAAGAAGAGAAG